AUGCAUUUUAUCCAGGCCGUCGUCUCUAUCUUCACCCUCCAAACGCUUGCAACAGCACAGCUGGCGGACCCUGUACUUGUUGCCCGCAACGAGUUCCAAGUCGCCCGUGAGAAUUACCUUGCUGCCCGAGACGAGUAUCUUGCGGUCCGCGAUCUUCAUCUCCGCGGCACACAUGGUGUCGGAAAAUGCAAGAAACAGGGCAGUCAACUGUAUUGCGACACUGGUGACAUCAAGCUCAUGCGUAUGCCCAAAACCCCUUGUGGGCCGAGUAUGAAGGCCGGCGAUACCUGUCGUUACAUUAUGUACAAUUAG